ACGUUUUACGUCUAUAAUAUAAGGAAAAACAUUUAAAUUAUGCGUAAUAAAACAUUCAAUUUUUUAUAAUAAAACAAUACUACUUGAUUAGUAACAUAAAUAGACUGUGACACAAAAAGUUCCUUGACUACUUCUAUAGUUAACACAGCCAACAACUUAUUUGACCAAUAAAACGAAAUUUAAAAAGAAGACUUUAGUGUAAGUUCUAACCUCUAACCUUAGAUCUAACUUCUAAAAUUGGAAAAGUUUUAUUUUUCUUUGAAAUUUCUAGAAUUUAUUAUUUUAUACAGAAAAUAUUUAUGGCAGCUGAAAAUGUUGGUGUAUCAGAUAUUAAAAAGAUAUCUGAUGAAGAUAGACAAUUUAAAGUUAAAGCUGCAAUCUUCCUCUCUGGAGUAUCUGGUAUAUCAGCCCUCAUAGGAUUUGGAGCAACAUUAGCAUCUGCAAAAAGGCAAGACCCAAAACAUUUUGGAAUUGGAAUGACACCAACAAGAGAAUUGUCCGAGACAGGGGCGUCUUUAGCAUUACGAGCUCUAGGAUGGGGAACUUUAUACGCAUUUGCAGGAUGUGGAGUGCUGUUUUAUGGUAUUUGGAAACUGUCAGGAGCUAAGAAUUUACAAGAAUUCAGAUAUAAAAUGGGUUCUGCUCUUCCUGUGAUACCUAGGAAUAAUCCACCUCAAGGAAGGACUGAAUUUAGUGGAUUGAAUGAUCUCUUAGACUACUUGCAACAUCAAAAAGGUGUAAACGACAAAUAAAUUAUUAGAGAUUAUGAAA